UUCAAAAUGGCUGGUUCAAGUGGUUUUUGUCAGCCACUAUUAAAUGAAGAGUCAGAYGAUGCUGCAAGAACGAGAUUUCAAGUCGAGUUAGAAUUUGUUCAGUGUCUUGGCAAUCCUUACUACUUGAAUUUUCUUGCACAAAGAGGAUAUUUUAAGGAAAAGAGCUUUAAUAAUUACCUCAAGUAUUUGCUAUAUUGGAAAAAGCCUGAAUAUGCAAAAUUUCUAAAAUAUCCACAAUGUUUGCAUUUUUUGGAGUUACUUCAAUAUGAACACUUCAGAAGAGAAUUAGUCAAUCCACCAUGUGCAAAGUUCAUUGAUGAGCAACAGAUUCUUCACUGGCAAUAUUACUCAAGGAAAAGAAUGCGUAUCCCAACACAAACCCAACAACCAACAGGAGAAGAAGCCACGUCAAGAUGAUCAUAACAAGACCCUUACUCAAUAAGAAUAUUGUAAAUAUUGUAGAUAUGGAUCUAUUCAUGUAUAAAUAUCCAAAUAAAGGAAAACAAUGUAGGCAUCAAUAUUUUUUUUUAAUUUCCCUUUCUUAGGCAGGUUUACAAGUAUUUUUGUCACAAAAAAUUACAAUGAAACUUCAUUUUAAUGAAAUCAGAAAUAGUUGAAAUUUGCAGUGUAUAAAAACUCCAUUUGAAAUAUAGUUGAGUUACUGUUCA